AUGGCAUGUUAUUGGUUUAUUUUAACUUUACUCCCAAUAGGAUUAAUCCUAGAAUGGAACUCUGUAGGGGCAAAAGAAACCACCGAGGUAACCUGGCCCGAAGAUAUCACAGAAGCCACCUUAGAAACUGAGAUGACUUGGCCCAACGAACUUCCAGAAAUCGCAACGCAACCACCCGUUUUUCGGAUCGCUCGUACCAUGGAUCACUUGGAUGCGCUGCGAGAUGAAGAGGAGUUCAUGGAGAAACCAGAUAAGAAUCAUAUUAACGAGAUCGAUAGCCUAGAGGUGACACACCGAAUCGUUUAUUCGGCCGCCGAAAUAAAAGCGCUCAAGCGGAAGCCGCUCCCCGAGGAGAAGCUGAUCAGGCAGCCGUUCCACUUCGGCUGCUGUCACAACUCCACGUAUGUGGAGUGUGCCGGAGUCUGUCCCGAGACCUGCGAGUACCGCUCCAAGUACUGCGUACCGCUCUGCGGACCGCCCUGUCGCUGCAAGACGGGUUAUGUCUACAAUAUUCCCCGGAAGGCCUGCACCCUGCGCUCCGACUGUCCGAAAGGGAUCGUGCAGAGCAAGAAGGGGGUCUACAGGGUGUUUUUGUGAGGUGGACAAUGGAAUGGCUGAGGGUGAUUGGGGUUAGUGUUAGGAACUGAUGUAUGCCGUGUGCUGUGGUGUCGUGCCAAUUUCGUUUGUUCUAAUAAACCAAGAAGCCGGA